UCCUUUCCCCUUUUUACUUACUUAGCUUCAGAAUUCCAAAAGGUCGUCGCCCAAAAAACAAAACAAAAAUGAAUCCCUGUCAACCAUUCGCCAACCAUCACCACCACCACCUUCUCCUCCUGUUAUUUUCAGAAAUCCUCAAAUUAGCCAAGCUCCUUUCUCUAAUUCUCCAUCUGUGCCCCCUCUCUGCCUCUCCAAUUUAGGGUUUCUGAUCCGAUCCUCCCCCGGUGCACCGACCUAUCUCAGAAACCCUAAUCCUCUCGGAAAGAAAAUCAUCCCUGAUCGUAUUCUAUUCUCACGCUAGGGUUUUAUUCAUCAUUAUAAUUAUCAUUUCCAAUUCUCUUGGUUACGUCAAACCCUAGCUAUAUCUGCAGCGAUGAAGCACACGAAGAGGAGAAGGAAGAAGAAGAGCUCGGUAGAUCCGAAGCCAGUCGCCAAAGAAGACGAAGGCCAGAAAGUGAUCCGCGCGCUUACACAGGACUUCUCCUCGGUUUCACUCGACGACGCCGUUUCUGCGUAUCGCGAAGCCAACGGUGACUCGAACAAAGCCGCAGAGAUUUUGGAGCGAGCUGUGGCUGAAAGCUCCGAAGAGCCGUUCACGAGUUCCACAACGAGUGGCGUUUCUGGAUCGGAUGCGGGUUCGAGUUGGGGCUCGAGCUCGGGUUCGGGUUCGUCAGAAGGGUUCGAGUCAGGCUGUAUUCAGAAUUUGGUGAGCGAGAAGGGUUUUAGGGGUAAGCAGAAGAGGGUUGUGGCGGCCGCGGGAACGGUAUCAACUUUUUUGGGUAAAGAUUACGUGAGCUCGAAUCCUAGGAGAGGUUCAUGGUCGACGAUGACGAAGCUGAAGGGUUUUGGUAAUGGAGUUCCUGCUGGGGAAGAAGAUGCCGAGCAGUUCCUUUGCUCUAUGCUUGGAGAUGAGUCUGAGCUAAGCUUGGCUGUUGUUAGAGAUGUCCUCUGUCAGUGUGGGUAUGAUGUUGAAAAGGCCUUGGAUGCAUUACUUGAUGUAUCUUCUUCCUCGUUUGAACAGUCCAGUAGUAGUUCUAACAGUAGUUUGAUUUUUAAAGAAGAUGGUAGAUAUCGCAUCGAUCAGUCUGAUACUCCGACGGAUAGGGCAUCUGAUUGCACUUCUCAUUCAUCUGAAAGCGAGCUCCAGGAUAAUAUAUGGUAUUCCGGAUAUAGUUGCCGGAAUUAUGCAAAGGUUCUUGCUAGUUCUGAAGCUCAAUCACCCGUCAGCCCAAGAAGUACUCCAGCAGAACUCCCUCAAAAGGUGUUGGAAUCUUUGUUUAACAUCUCCAAGAGUCCUGAAUAUGAACCAACAGCCAUGAAUUGGAAGAAUGUUGUAAAUAAGUUACAAUCAUUGGCACCCGGGUUUGAUGUUUGCACUUCUAGCUCUGCAGCACAGAAGGACACCUUUGUUAAAGGAGACGAGUAUCAUGCAUUCAGAGGAACUGCAAAGGAGCACUGGGAUUCAGUGAGGUCGCAUUAUCAGAAAGCUGCAACGGCAUAUUCAAAAGGAUCACGGGAAUACGCAGGUUACCUCGCUGACCAGGGGAAGGUACAGACAAAGUUGGCACGAGAGGCUGAUGAAAGGGCAAGCCAGGAUAUCUUUAAAGCUAGAAACAAGGGCAUAGAAAAUGUGAUAACAAUUGAUUUGCAUGGACAACACGUCAAACAAGCAAUGAAGCUUUUAAAAAUCCAUCUCCUAUUCGGAACAUAUGCACAAUCGGUUCAAUUCCUCAGGGUCAUCACAGGGUGUGGGUCACAUGGUGUUGGAAAGUCAAAGCUGAAGCAAUCGGUCAUCAAACUUAUUGAGAAUGAAGGUAUAAAAUGGAGUGAAGAGAAUCAGGGAACAGUAUUAAUCAAGCUAGGUGCACAGAAAGAGUUCAGCUUUCUAGAUUCGGAGAGUGAUCCUGAGUAACCCUCUUUAACAUAGUUACUGAGUAUUAUCCCUCUGCCGGAACGAGCGAAUUAAACUGUAACGAAGACUAGUUUAUGUAAAACCAUCCACAGGUUGUGUUUCGGGUCAUUGUUUGUUGUCACAGCUGUUAGGGAUAGUGUAGUGAAUGUAAUGUUGAAGGUCGAUCAGGUUUCUCAGAUGUUGAUAUUCAUCAUUUUACAUACCACCAUAGGUGUCUAAAUUAUUUAUUUGAAAAAGUCCAGCUUAGCUCAAGUUGCUCCUUGUACUUACCGUGUGGGCAUGUAUAUAACUUGAGAAAAAAACUGUAAUUUAACUUAGUUGUCAAUGACCUGAUACACUCCAUCAAAUACAUACAUAUCCCUUGUUUCA